UUUGGAGACCCCCACUCUAGUGGUCGCGUCACUACGUUGCGUGAGUAAAACUUGACCACCUGUUGGAUCGUGCCAUCUUUUCGUUUCCCUUUUUUGGGCAACGUUUGUGACAUGGCGUUGUGAAAAUGUCAGUGGAGAAAGUUGUCAUGGACCAAGGUUUUGCCCCUUCCCUAGCUGGUCUGGGCCUGACCCGGCCGUACGAGAGGCAGGGCGGGCGAAGGACGGGCCUGGUGCUCCUGGCGGGAGGCUGUCUGGGCGGGGUGCUGGUGUGCGCCGUCCUCAUGCCGCUGGUGUACGUCACCAUGUCAGACCUGCAGCUGGAGGUGACCGAGCUCAGGAACCUCUUGAUUACCCGUCCUGCACAGACCGUCUCACCUGGUACAGAGGACCGAGUAAACGACACUGCUGCGGGCGGGGCGCACAGGGAGAGGAGAGCGGCCGACACGUCCAUCUGGGACGUGUACGUGCGGUGGGGGAGGGAGAACUGUAGUGAAAAUGCCAAGACUAUCUAUUCCGGUGUUGUGGGGAGUGGAUGGUACCACCACCACGGAGGAGGAAGUGACUACCAGUGCCUGCCCCUGGAAGGUGUGGAGUGGAACAACCCAGUGGCUGGUCAUCAGCACAACAGCUACAUGUACGGGGCAGAAUACGAGGUUAAUGGUGAUGGGUAUUUCUCCACAGACACCAUGGGGCCGUAUAUCUCUAACCCUCUGAACUAUGACGUCCCCUGCUCGGUGUGUCUGGUGGAAUUACGGUCCGCACACGUCAUGAUCCCCGCCCGCCUGUCCUGUCCCACGGGGUGGAGUAAGGAGUACAGCGGGUACCUGAUGUCAUCUAAUCACGCCCACUACAGCAACAAGAACUUCAUCUGUGUGGACGGAGCUCCCAACCUAAGGCAAGGAUCAUCUGCCAAUGUCAACGGAGCCCUGCUGUACCUGGUAGAGGCGCAGUGUGGCUCUCUUCCCUGCGGGCCCUACAUCAGUGGCUAUGAGCUGACCUGUGUGGUCUGCACCCUGUGAACAACCAGAUACUCAACUGGGCGACAACGUUCGCAUAUUUCCCUUCACUGUCCGGCCUUACAAGUGUGUGUCUGUUUAUUUGCCUGUGCAACAAGUGAUGGUAUCUCUUGUAUCAUAAAAGUCUUUGUGCUUUUUUUGUGUGUGAUACAGGCUAUUGUUUUUUUCUGUGUAGUCCAAGUGAUUGUGUAUUUUUGGUGAAAUACAAAUUGUUUGUGUUUUAUGCGUAAUACAAGUGAUGAUGUUUUUAUGUAAACAAGUAAUUGUGAUUUUUGCAUCAAACAACAGUGAGAGGAUAAACUACAUAGUUUCCACACACAUGUACCCGACUACAACUAGAAGGGUGUGUGUCUGUGUGACAAACUGACAAAACAAGAGUAGUUAGCAAAAACAAAACAUUUUCCUUUCAUCUUUACAGAUUCUUGGGAGAGGGGAAAUGAUUACAUGUAUUCUAAUUCUAGUUAUUUUUUGAUACUGUAGUAAAGCACUAGUACCACAUUGAAGGUAUGUCGUUACAAUUUUCCCUUUUAUUACCAAUGUUUCAUCAUGGAUGAGCUUUCAUCCUAGAGAAUAAAGUUGUGUAUGGAUACAAUGGACAAACUUUACUGACACUACUUGCAUUUUUCUCAUAAUUCAAAGACUUAAGACAUAAUGAAAAUCUAAAACUGAAAACCAACAAUCAGAAUUAGAGCUAAAAUCACACCCUUUACUAGCCUGAGUACCAUUCUAUGUAGUGACUGUUGAUAGCAAGUGAAAGGAUUGAGCCAGCAGUCACUACAGAGGAUACUACCCAGGUUAACCCUUUACCUUCUACUAAAUCCAGUUGUAAGGAAUGGAGAGCCAAAUUCUAAUUUAGGGAGAUUCCUUUUUGAAUAAUCUCCAAGCAGGUGUAAGGCAAGCAAUCACUUACAGUGCUCAAUGCCUGUUUUUGCUGCCUUUAGUACUCUUUUCUGUAUUGCAUUUUUAAUGGUUAACUACCGCUAAAAAUACAAUACUACAAAGUGUACUGAAUGGUGCAAUACCAGGCAUAAUACACUGAGAAUACAUUUGCUUGAGGAUAUUUCUAGUACAUGUGCAAUGGUUGUUGGUCUAUACCAUAUGAUAGAGUUCAACAUUCUAUUGAAAUCUAACAAUGUACCUGGAAUACAUCUGUCACAUUCAUUUUGUUUUCUAACCUAGAUACAAAACCUACCGGUAUUACACUAAGAGGUCAUUCACACAAUCUGAUUAACUACUUUGCACCUUUUUCGUAAAAGAUGUGUGACUCGGUUCUCUUAGACAUGAAUGGUUUCAAAUAAAAAAAAUUACAAAAGCUGCCAUUGGGAAACUCAACCUUGUCCAAAUAGGAAAUGUGUUCAAGCAGCCUCUACAGUUUUGUACUGAAUCUAUUGUGCUGUAAAUGUUUUUAUUUUUGCAGGAUUUAAUUCUAUGGUAGGAGGGAAUGAAGGCUUUCAUAGUGUAUCAAAAGUCUGUGGUUUAAACAAUUCUGUAUCAAAGUAGUAACACAAU